AUUAACUGUGCGGAGCUCCCAUUUCAGCCACAAAAUCAUUUAAUUAAUUUAGAUUUUACUACUUUCUAAACCAGAAACCAACAAUGGCAGGAACACCAAUGCCGGGAAAUCCUAAUAUGGACGGUAAUCCGCCGCCAAUGCCGCCUCCGCCGGGAACUGACAUGACCGGGAUGUGCUUCAGAGAUCAACUAUGGCUUAACACUUACCCUAUCGAUCGCAAUCUUGUUUUCGAUUACUUCGCUUUGUCUCCCUUUUACGAUCAUACUUGCAACAAUGAGCAGUUGAGAAUGAAUUCAAUUCAUCCCCUUGAUGUCUCUCAUCUUUCGAAGAUGAUGGGCAUCGAGUACAUGCUAUAUGAAGUUGUAGAGCCUAAUUUGUUUGUCCUUCGUAUGCAAAAGAGGGAUAGUCCUGAGAAAGUAACGCCAAUGCUGACUUACUAUGUAUUGGAUGGUUCCAUCUAUCAAGCCCCACAGCUUUGCAGUGUUUUUUCUGCAAGAAUUGGGCGUGCUUUAUAUUACAUACAGAGGGGAUUCUCAACUGCUGCUUCCAAGUUAGAGAAGAUUGGAUAUGACAGUGAAAGUGAUGAUGCAAAUGAUGAUUCGGCAGCCACUAAAGAGACUAUUGAUCUCAGAGAACUAAAAAGAGUAGAUCACAUUCUUGCUUCCUUGCAGCGUAAGUUACAACCAGCCCCUCCACCACCCCCAUUUCCAGAGGGCUAUACUCCAUCUCAGCCUACAGAAGUAGAACAAGGCUCAGAAACCCAGCAAGGGACGGAACAACAGCAGCCUCCUCCUGUUGAUCCCAUCAUUGACCAGGGGCCAGCUAAAAGAAUGAAAUAUGAUUGAUAGUUUCUUGUCAAUUUUAUGCGUUUACAGGGUCAGCAUAUUCUGUAAAAUGGAAUUUAUAUGGAGUCCCAAUGAAAUUUCUCCUGUUUCUCAUGAUCA